GUGGUGGAAGUUUUUGUGUGAAAGAAAGAGAGAAGCGAAUCUAUUACCGCCGCGGCGAUGUUGGCGGUGGUUGUGGUGGCGGCGGUGAUGAUGAGAGAGACUCGAGUGAGGGUCGUCGCCAUGCUGAGUAAAGGUUGAGUCUUAUUGUUUUGAUUGCAAGAGGGUCAAGUGAGACUUGAAAUUAAAACCCCGCUCUUCGCAUUCGCACACACACACACACAUACAUACAUAUAUAUAUAUAUAUACACACAGGGCACCCUUUGGACACCUGUUCUGCUUGAUUGACUUACAAUUUCUUGAAAAUACCUGCGAAAAAGGUAUCCAUGAGAUUAGUUGUUCCUGCCGGGGGAUGGAGAAUGACUUCCGAAAUUGCCAAAACAUUUCCAAAGUUGUGAAGAAUAUACCUCCAAAUUUUACUAGGACUGUGAAGGCAUCAAAGUGUGGCAAGGGUGGUAGUGGCCAUCCCAGAGAUUCUGCAUCUGUUCAGAAGAUAGAUAAGGUGUCCCCAGUUUCAUCGUCUGACCCCCAUGUCACCACUGCUGCUAACAACACUCCUCUGAACAAACAAUCAACAGUCUGUGUUGAUGAGGCAGUUACUCUUCGAGAGAUGCCCUGCGGCAAGGACACAGCAUCAGAACAACCAGCACUGCACGUAGGCCGUCAGAAGGUUGAUAUAACAGCCAUGACGAAUAAAAGCCAGAAAGUAUUUGCCAAACUUCCGGGUCUCUCAAACCCGUUGUUGCAAGGUUUGUCUUCGGGAGACUGCGAUAAGACAGGCAAGACCGAUAUCACUUCCUUGUCGCUUCCGAACAAAGGACAACCGCAGCAGCAAAAAUCUCUCAAUUAUGAUGUUGGUCAUGUGUUCGGAGACAUGUCUGUUGCACAAUCAGGUGGUGCCGAGCCAAAUCAGGCUCUAAGUAAUACAAGCAGUUCCUCAAAUAAUCUGUUUUUCAGAGCCAGUCACAACACAUUACAAGUCUCUGGAGAAAUGAUAGGGGUUUGUCAGUCGUCGCUCAAUACAUGCUCAAGUUCAUUUGCUGAAAUUUCACACCAAAAUGCAAGUGAAUCCAUUAAGAAUAACAAUUUUUACGACAAUUCUAAUACACAGAAUGUAAACUGCAAAAUGAUUUUAUCUGGUACAGGACGCGAAACUAGCAUUCCUGUGACCCGUACCCCCGCUCAACCAGCCGCCAGUGACCAGCCUAUUUCUACAGGUGAGAGUCCCAAACCAGAUUUGCCGUCUACAUCAAGCCCUUGCCGAACAGAGUCAAACACAAAAUCUAACAUGGCCAUCACCGACCCAGAACGUCUGGCUCUCAUCAAACAGAGGAAGAGAGAGCGUAAGUUCCGUAAACUGCAGUCUUUGUCGGCUCUGAUGAGGGCACCAGAUGACCGUCACAGCAUGGUGCAGCUCAACCCGCUCAGGCAUGAUCGAAUCACACAAGAGAACUUCAAACAAGACAGUGGCAACUACUCCGGCAACUCGACAGGGUCUUCGAGGCUUGGUGACAUUACCCAGAACCCUUUUAACUGGAUGUCCUCAUCUGUUGGCGCUUCAGCCACUGCGGGGACUGGUAUGAACUUUGACAAAAAGCCAUGGAGAGCUGACACAGGUAAAAAGACGUGCAGUUUCUUUCACGAACCUUCAAUGCGAAACAACACCGUUUUGAGUGAGAAUUUCUCAGAAAUGACUAAGAAUCGGUCAGAUUACAAAACAGAGAAGAAAUUGAUCGAUUCUGGAUCCAAUUCCUGGCAGCUUCAUAGCUCUAAUAGUUCUGUGGUUGAUGAUGCAUUACGUGUAGCUGCUUUGAAACAUAUCAAGAAUGAGUCACCUUUGGAUGAUCAGUUGCUGCUGUCAGCUUCUGGAAAAGUCUUAGACAUUAACAGCAGCAACAAAAGAAUUCUUGAGAACUUCCUCACGCCCCGUGUGAAGAAAGAGGACAGCGGAUCCGAAUCAAGCUCAUCAGUGUCGUCCGAGGAAGAGAAUUGUCUGUCUCCUAAGAUAAAAGGGUUAGGUUGCAAAGAAAAAAUGUGGGGCAGCCCCAGUAAAAAGCAUCGGCCACAGUCGAAAUUUGGUGGCAACAUGGUGAAGUUUAAGAAUGGGGAAACAGACAGUUCGUCGUUGGAUCACUUUCGGUCACCACUCGUUAACAACUAUCAGAAACGCACAAGAGACCCUGUGGACUACGAGGCGUCUGGAGUACAUUCAGACAAGAGUGAUAAUACGUCGGAAGAUGAAACAGAUAACGAAAGCGAUAAUAAUAAUAGUAAUGAUGAUGACACUAGUAAUAAGAGCUCUACAGCAAAGUUGUUUGGUAGCACGAAGAGGAAAAGUUAUAAGGGUGGAGUGAAAAGGCGUGGUCGACCCCCUCUCUCUGAUAAAUUCAAAUCUCAGAGCAACAAAACUGUCAAACGAAGGGGUCGACCAUCACUGAUGAGUAAUUUCGGGAAAGGUGAAGCUCUAACGAAACAGACAAAGCUGGAAAAACCAACUACAAUGGAACUGGACACAAAGCCCCAGUUGAAAAGUAAGGAUGAUACUGCUGAUAACAAAAUCCCAAAGAGAAGGGGUAGGCCUCCGAAAAAAAUUACUUACCCAGCUUCGGCCUCGGCCUCUCCUACUCCUAUGUCCAUUGACACUCUCACCCCAGCUGUGGCCCUCUCUUCGCUCAAUGCUCCUACCCUGGCCGAAGGCUCAAAUUUAGUUGAUAUUUCCCCUACUUCUCCACCUUCAGAACUUACCAGUGAGGAAUUGCUGAAGGCCAGGCUAAACCUCCCAAGGCGUCGUGGCCGACCUAGUAAGGUUGAUGUAAUGUUGCGCGAAAUGGCAGCUGCUCACCUCGCCACGGGACAGCCAGUGGCACUGCCGACGCCCGAGGCAGUGGCAGCCGCACUGGCACAGACUGCUGAAGUGCCGGCAAAGAAGAAGAAAGUAAAUGCCCGUCGUCGUUAUCAUGCUUACGGACAACGGAAGCGGAGACGUCGGAAGAACACAAAUUUGUUGAGGACGUUGUCGACGGUGGCAGCAGAACUUGAUGCCGGGGCAGAGGGUGGGCCGCCGCCAUCGGAAUUGGCCAGGGGUGAAGAAGGAGCAUCUGGGGUGUCGGGUGGUGGCGUCAACUUUCAUCAGAUGGUACCAGCACAUCAGACGGCAUACAAUGAGGUGGAAGGAGCUGAUGAUGAUGAUGAGGAGGAAGAGGAGGAUGAAGAGGGAGAAGACAUGGAGCGAAAGGUGGAGGUAUAUAGUGACAGAGGCUCAACUGCAAAGGAGGUGGAGGAGGAGGACAAAGCACUUAUCAACAGGCGCCACUUCACUGAUCGUCAUCAUCAUCGUCGUCAUCAUCGACAUCAUCAUCAUCAGCUUCAGGAAUCCCAAGGUCAUAAUAAUAAUAAUAAUAAUAAUAAUAAUACUAAUAGUCAUCAUCGCCAGCUUCCAUUGUCAUCAACAUCAUCAUCAUCAUCACUGCAAACAUUGCCAUCAUCCGCAAACAUUGUAGUUAGUCUGAGUGAGUUGCCCCGUCGUACUGAGCCGGCAGGGGAGGAGCAGCAGCUGGUGGGGGAACCAAACGCAAAGAAGAGGCAGAAGAAAAGAAAGAAGGAUGCUGGUGGAGAGGGGGAUGUGAAGAAACAGCGGAGUGGUGAGGUGGUGAGUGGCACUUCUGUUGGUGGUAGUAGUAGUAGUAAUAAUAAUAAUAAUAACAACAACAACAGUUUGAAAGAAGUGGUUAAGCAAGAAGAGGAAGAGGAGGAGGACAGUGUGUUGUUGGCCAACGGGAACACAUUCCGGGUGAAGAUGAUGAAGAGCAAACCGAACAGCAGUGCCAAGGGUCCGGUGUCGGCAUUUGCCAAUUUGAAAGGGCUGAAGAAAGAGGUUCCAGUUGAGCAUGGUGGCGAGGAGAACAGGCCAGCUGCUGCCCACACUACAGAAAAGCCCAAAUCGAGGAAUAAAAAAACUACCCCAUCUUCCUCCUUCUCUUCUAGCUCUACUAAAGCUGGGGUCAUCAAAAUAAGUCGCAAUAGCAACAACAAUAAUAAAACCAAAGUCAACAGCAACAACAGUAGUAGUAGUAGUAGUAGUAGUACAAGUACUACUACCACUACCACUACUACUAUUACUACUACAUCUACGACUCCUGCUAUUGGCAGUACCGCAAGGCAGAUUACGCCACCAGUCUACAAUGUGCCACGGGUCAUGUUACCACCAUGCAUUAAGGAUCACGGCAUUGCAUGCCUGAUGUGUGGCCGAGUGCACACUCAGGACCAUUUCUUCAAGUACAUGGAACUUAAGUCGACGGAGACGUCACAUCGAUGUCCCCUCUGUGGCCAGUUCUUCUCAUGGAGCUGCCUGUUCAUUGAGCACAUGCGUGGUCACCCAGAGAACACUGCGCAGUAUCGUUGCGAAUACUGUGGGUCGGUGUCGCGCAAAAUCUCAUCAUAUUUCAACUGUCGCAUAACGCACUGUCCCCCCUCGCAGGAAUGGUUCGACCUGCAGAAGGCUUGCGAUGACUACCUGGCCAGCCUCGAGAACAAGUCUUCCGCUGCAGCAGCUAAGAAGCGACGCAAGGCUGCAGCAGCAUCCUCAUCGACCCCUUCAACAAAGAAAAAAGAAUCCGGUGGGGAAGGUGGUGGUGGUGAUGGCAGCAGCAGUGGUGGUGGUGGUGGUCGCAGUAGGAAGAAGCCGUCGGCAAAGCAACAAGAGAAAGACGGGGCUAAUGCAUCCGUAGAAAAGACGCAGUCCUCACAAGCAUCGCAGCAAAACACUGCCUCUGAGAGCAGCGGAAAUUGUAGCAGUAGUGCCAACAGCAGCAGCAACAACAACAAGCGCAAAGGGCAGAAGCAGUCUAAAGGACGCAGAUCAAGCGCUGACACAAAGACACCAGUAAAACCCACUAAGCCGUUUGUGUGUGAUGUUUGUGAGAAGAGCUUCCUGAAUUUGAAGCAUUUUACCAAGCACAAGGAGUCGCACAAAACUGAGACGAACACAAAUUGUUGCAAAGACUGCAACAAGCAGUUUUCGAGCCUUGAAUAUUUAAAUGCACAUAAAUGCAGCCACAAUACUACAGAAGGGUCUAUGCCAGUGACUAAUGUGUGUGCAGACAACAACAGUGAGGGCAUUAGUGUAGCAGCAGACAACAACAACAGUUGCGGCAGUCGCAGUAACUUUAAGUGCAGCCUUUGUGGUGCAGUUUUCUCAGAUGCUCUCACCCUCAAAAACCACGUUGAUUUAUGUGAUGGACUUCCUGACGGCAAGCGUUUGUCGGAGUCGCAUAAAUGCAGUAUCUGCGAGCGUAGCUUCAAGUUCAAGCAGUCGUUGUUAAACCACAUGCGGAGGCAUACGGGGGAGCGGCCCUUUGUGUGCGAGUUGUGUGACAAGUCUUUUAUGCAGGCUGGCAACCUUGAGCGGCACCGGCGCACCCACGAGCGCGACACCACCGCUCAGAGCCCGGCCGAGGAGAAGGGCAGCAACAAGCCGUUCACUUGCGAAUACUGCGAGAAGGUCUUCACCGUAGAGGCCACCUACCAAAUCCACUUGAAGGAGCACGAUGGCGAGGGCAACGAGCAGUUGCAUUGUCCGUAUUGCGAUGAGCUGUUUGCCUCUCGUCACAUGCUGAAGCUACACAAGCGCACACACAACGAACACCGGCCGUUCAAGUGCAGUACAUGCAGCCGGUGUUACAAGCACAAACAUUCACUUGUUGAGCACCAACAUAACUGCAGAUAAUAAUAAUAGUUCGGGGAGGGGGGUGG